AUGUCUGCUUUUAAGACCAGCCCCCCGGCCGCGGGGAGGGAGGUUCCUGUGUUACACAGCGCCACAGCUUUGGCUGCCGGCGGAUACGAUGUGGAGAAGAACAACUCCCGCGUCAAGCUCGCCGUCAAGAGCCUCGUGACAAAGGGCACUCUGGUGCAGACCAAAGGGACCGGCGCGUCUGGCUCUUUCAAGCUGAACAAGAAGCAGACCGAAGCCAAGAAGCCCGCAAAGAAAGCCGCGCCCAAACCCAAGAAGGCGGCAGCCAAGAAGCCCGCCGCGGCUAAGAAGCCCAAGAAGGUAGCGGCCAAGAAACCCGCCGCCGCCGCCAAGAAGUCUCCUAAGAAGGCGAAGAAGCCCGCCGCCGCCGCCAAGAAAGCCACCAAGAGCCCCAAGAAGGCGAAGAAGCCGGCGACCCCUAAAAAGGCAGCCAAGAGCCCCAAGAAGGCAAAGGCUGUGAAGCCCAAGACAGCAAAGCCCAAAGCGGCAAAGGCGAAAAAGGCAGCCCCCAAAAAGAAAUAAACAUGUUUGUGUGUUUAAUUCAUGUUUUUGAUCCUUAAACGGCUCUUUUAAGAGCCACC